UUGCUUCCCAAGCGCUAGGGCAUGAAGCACCUCUCCGUUCGUCAGCUGAGGUCCAACGCCACCGGCUUCUCUCUGCCGCUGCUGCGCAGAUACUAAGCACACAUCUCGCACUCUCUCUCUCUUUCGUCGUUGAAUUGCUGGUGAGUUAUGAGUUGUAAUUCUGCGUCGGAAACAAUGGUGGAUGAGGGCACCAUGGAUGAUCCGCUCAAGUGGUCUUCGGAAUCAGACUCUGAAUUGGAUUCCGACCCCGAAGCCGUGCAGGAUGCUUUGGAUUGGUUGGACUUGCAGGAUGAUUCUGGAGAUGGCAUCGGUAAAGGGGGUGUGAGUUUUGGGGGUAACGGCCCUACGCAUCGGCCUAAUGCCCAUGGGGGCCUCCAUGCCCGUCCAGCUGCCAAUUCUUUACAACCUCUCAGCAACCGCAGCCAGAAGUUCGUUAAUCAUAUCAAUGCUGGUCCUCUUGAGGAAUGGGAAGGUAGGCUUAAUGUGGGUAUGUCAAACUCUGUCACAACUGCUAUUCGUGGAAGCGUUCGAGACAUGGCGAUUGGAAGAACGAGAACUAAUGAGAAAGCAGACCGUGCCACUGUUGAACAGGUGUUGGAUCCAAGAACACGCAUGGUUUUGUUUAAAAUGCUAAAUCGAGGAGUUUUUGAUGAUAUAAAUGGUUGCAUCUCCACGGGGAAGGAAGCUAAUGUAUACCAUGCGACAAAAUCUGAUGGUGGGGAAAUAGCUAUUAAAGUGUACAAAACAUCUAUCCUUGUAUUCAAGGAUAGGGAGCGUUAUGUGCAAGGGGAUUUUCGUUUUAGGCAUGGCUACUGUAAGCACAAUCCAAGGAAAAUGGUAAAGACGUGGGCUGAGAAAGAAAUGAGAAACCUCUCUCGGCUUAAGGCAGCAGGAAUUAGAUGUCCCACACCAUAUCUCUUGAGGCUUCAUGUCCUAGUGAUGGAAUUCAUAGGAAAAGAAGGAUGGGCUGCACCACGCCUGAAGGAUGCAGGUUUGUCAGAUGACAAACUACGAGAAAGUUACCUGGAAAUUGUUACAACAAUGAGGACCCUCUAUCAGAAAUGCAAAUUGGUGCAUGGAGAUUUAAGUGAAUACAAUAUACUUUAUUUUGAGGGCCGUUUAUACAUUAUUGAUGUUUCACAAUCAGUGGAUCUAGACCAUCCACGUGCCCUUGACUUUUUGCGUGAGGAUUGUCUUCAUGUUUCUGAGUUCUUCAGGAAGCAUGGUGUUGCAGUAAUGACAGUCAGAGAGUUGUUUGAUUUUGUAGUUGAUCCUUCUAUACUUGAUGAAUAUGUGGAUGACUACCUGGAAAAGGUUCAACAGAGAAUUCUAGCUAGAGGUGCUGUUCUAUCCCCUGAAGAUGAAAUUGCGGAAUCUGUAUUUGUGCAGUCUUUCAUCCCACGAACGCUGGAUCAAGUGAAGGACUUUGAGAAAGACAUAGUCGACAUUUCGAGUGGCAAAGACACCGAAGGCAUCUACUAUCAGACAAUUACUGGCCUAAAACCAGAUUUAUCUGGUGUGCUGCUCGUUCCAACAAUACUGGAAAACUCUACCAAUGCUGAAAAGAAGGCAGACGAGCUCUCUCCAUCUGUGGUUGAAGCCCCGGAAUGCAGAGAGGAUGCUAGAGAAACCAAUUCUGCUGGUGAUGAGAGUACAUCAGAAGAAAAUGCGUCUUCUGAAGAUGAUGAUGCAAGCAGUGGAUCUGCCUCUGGCAAUAAGAAAAUGACACCUGCGGACAGGAAAGCUGCUCGGAAGGAGAACAAGAAGAAGGUCAAGGAAGAGAAGAGGGAAGCUAGGAAAACAAAAGUACCAAAAGCAGUGAAGAAAAGAAAGAAGAAGCUUUCAAAGGACAGAAGCCAUAGGUAAUGAGUUAUUAUGUUCGUUUCAGUGUAGUUUUUUUUUUUCUUCCAUCUUUAUUUUAUAGAUAUGGCACUCUACAAAGAGGGGGAAAACCUGCACGAGAAAAAAAUUUUGCAAGAAAAUGAUAGUUAUAGAAAAGCCUCUGUUGGUCA